GCCACGAGCACGUACGCUGAUUCCUGAUCAGUGAUUCGGAAUCAGUGUGCUUCGGAGGGGGGCGUGGCUGGAGCUGUGACGCAGCACGUUCAUCGACGUCCUUCGGGAAACAUGUCGGCGUCCCACUCAACGACAAAGGAUGACUCUAAAACUGACGACACAGAAUCCCCCAAAGACUCUAUAGCAAGAACAAGUCAAGAAAGCAAAGAGGAUGAUGAUCUCCCCACGCCAGAUGAUGCUGAGAAGGCGACGCCCACUGGGGCGGUGCAGAAACUGCUCUCAUGCCAAACGCAGAGCGACAGUGGCAGUGUUGCAGAAGAAGAAGAUACGCUGAUCCAUGCAGCAUCAAACAAACCUGCUGCAGGACACGCUGCCAAGUCUCUUUCCUCGCCGUCUUCAUCGCUGGCGUCCUCUGCGUCUUUAACCUUGUCUCCCGGUCGAGCCAAGAUGAGUGUUUGUAGCCCGUCUGGGAGUAAAUCUUCUCCUCCGCUUGCUCCAUCCUCCUCUCCUUCCACCGCCUCCACUUCUGCCUCCCCGUCUGUUUCUCCUGGCCCACCUAAGAUCCACCGGGCCCGCAAGACCAUGAGCAAACCGCAGCACGUUGGUUUUGGUGAAGCUGCUUCAGCAUCCCAGACUCCAUCAGGAUCUCCACGCCUCAUUUCUGACCCUGAAAGCGUGGUCUUAAAAAAGAGGAAGCUGGGUCAUUUAUCAGACAGCAGAUGUGAAAACAUUCCAGAUCAUUCUCAAACUGACGAGACGUUGUUUCAUAAAAAGGCAGAAACUGCUUUGAUGAAAAGCAAAAGGAAGAGCGGGGAUGAAGGAGGAGAACGGAGCCAGAGCUCCACUCCAUCCACACAAGAUUCUGGAAACUUUCAAAAUGGAGUCGAUGUGAGUGAGCGAGUGAGUGAAACUGAGGAUCACGGUUUGGAGUCUGAAACACUAAAAAGUGUCCGGAAUGAGGGCGAGGAGUCUUCGUGGUCGCUGUCAGGUCGGGGCAGGAAGAGAAGUUCUGUUGACCUGGUGGAGACAGAAGAAGAAGAACGAGCCGAUGAAUACACCGAGGUUCCUUUGGGUGACCUGGACAUCGCAGCUGCUGACAGUCUGACUCUUUCUCCUCCUCCUGACGGAAGCGACGCCGGCGACACGGAGCGCCUGGAGGAGCUUCCUCUCUGCAGCUGCCGGAUGGAAGCUCCUCGGAUCGACGGCACGAGCCAGCGCGUCAGCAGACAGUGCAUGGCCACGGAGAGUAUCAACGGAGAGCUGCGAGCGUGCACCAGCUGGACGGUGAAAGGCGAGACCAUGCGACCAUCCAGCCGGGUGUCCCUCAUGGUGCUCUGCGACGUCCAUCGCUCACACAUGGUCAAACACCACUGCUGUCCGGGCUGUGGGUACUUCUGCAUAGCAGGCACGUUUCUGGAGUGCUGUCCCGACCAGCGCAUCGCGCACCGCUUCCACCGCGGCUGUGUGACCGUGCUGAGCAGCGGGCGGAGCCGGGCCAACGGCGGCGGCAUGAUCUUCUGCCCCCACUGCGGGGAAGACGCCUCGGAAGCUCAGGAGAUCACCCUCCCCUCCUCCAGCUCCGCCGCCACCGUCGUCACUAUGUCCGCCUCCUCCACCACCACGCCGUCGCUGCCCCCCGCCGCCCCCUCAGGCCCCUCCCUCAACGCCUCCACCGGAGGCACGCAGGAUGGGAAGAUGCCGGAAAGACCCGUUAGCGCUCGGAUGCAAAGCCACGGCUUGUUCACGCUGACGGUGGAGCAGCCGCCGCAGUCGGUGGCCACCGCCGCCACUGCGACCGUCACUGCCGCCACCACCCCUCCAGGAGAGGAGGGAGUGGACAGCGUGGGGCCGUCGCUCUGCAUGCCCAACGGGAAGCCGGUCUGUCCGAGCGCACUUCCACCUGGACCCAGCAGGGCGGCGCUGCAGAAAGCAAUUCUGACACAGGACUCGGAGAGGAGGAAGAAGUUGAGGUUUCACCCCCGACAGCUCUAUCCAGCCGCCAAGCAAGGGGAGGGACAGAGAGUUCUGCUGAUGCUCAUGGAGGGAAUUGAUCCCACGUACCAGCCGGACUCCCAGAAUCGGCGCUCCGCUCUACACGCUGCAGCUCAGAGAGGCUUGCUGGAGAUCUGCUACAUGCUGAUACAGGCUGGCGCCAACGUGGACGCCAAGGACAAAGAAAUGAGGACUCCUCUGCUGGAGGCCGUCAUCAACAACCACGUGGAGGUGGCUCGCUACCUGGUCCAGAGCGGAGCGUGCGUCUAUCACGUCGAGGAUGACGGAUACACCGGCCUUCACCACGCAGCCAAGAUGGGGAACCUGGAAAUCGUCAACAUGCUUCUGGAGACGGGGCAGGUGGACGUGAACGCACAGGACAACGGGGGCUGGACACCCAUCAUCUGGGCUGCAGAGCACAAACAUGUGGAGGUGAUCAAGGCUCUGCUGAACCGAGGAGCAGACGUGUCCAUCACGGAUAAGGAGCUGAACGUUUGUCUCCACUGGGCGGCGUACGCAGGAAGUGUGGAUAUCGCCGAGAUGGUGCUGAAUUCCGGCUGCUCUCUCUCCUCCGUUAACAUUCACGGCGACACGCCGCUGCACAUCGCUGCCAGGGAGGGCUACCAGGACUGUGUGACGUUGUUCCUCAGCAGAGGUGCAGACAUCGACGUCAUGAACAAAGAAGGAGACACGCCGCUGACCCUCGCCCGAACCGACACCCCAGUGUGGGUGUCGCUCCAGAUCAACAGGAAACUACGACGAGGAAUAACAAACCGUCUCCUCCGGACUGAGCGGAUAAUAUGCCGGGACAUCGCCCAAGGCUACGAGAACGUGCCCAUCCCCUGCGUGAACGGAGUGGACGAGGAGGGCUGCCCGUCCGACUACAAAUACGUCUCAGAGAACUGUGAAACGUCGGCCAUGAACAUCGACCGGAACAUCACGCACUUACAGCACUGCAGCUGCUCUGACGACUGCUCCUCCAGCAACUGUCUCUGUGGACAGCUCAGCAUCCGGUGCUGGUACGACAAGGACCAGCGGCUCCUUCAGGAGUUCAACAAAAUCGAACCUCCGCUCAUCUUUGAGUGCAACAUGGCGUGCUCCUGUUACCGCAGCUGCAAGAACAGAGUGGUUCAGGCCGGCAUCAAAGUCCGACUGCAGCUCUACAGAACCGAGAAGAUGGGCUGGGGGGUCCGAGCCCUGCAGGACAUCCCCCAGGGAAGCUUCAUCUGCGAGUACGUUGGAGAGCUGAUUUCUGACGCUGAAGCCGACGUACGAGAAGACGACUCCUACCUGUUCGACCUGGAUAACAAGGAUGGGGAGGUGUACUGCAUCGACGCCCGUUACUACGGCAACAUCAGCCGCUUCAUCAACCACCUGUGCGACCCGAACCUCAUCCCGGUGCGGGUCUUCAUGCUGCACCAGGACCUGCGCUUCCCGCGCAUCGCCUUCUUCAGCUCGCGGGACAUCCUGAGCGGGCAGGAGCUGGGGUUCGACUACGGCGACCGCUUCUGGGACAUCAAGAGCAAGUACUUCACCUGCCAGUGCGGCUCGGAGAAGUGCAAACACUCGGCCGAGGCCAUCGCGCUGGAGCAGAGCCGGCUGGCUCGGCUGGAGGCCGGCUCGGAGUCGGGGGGCGACUGCGGGAUGAUGAUGGGAAGCUCGUGAGGCGAGGGCGCCGUUUGAAGCUCCUCGUGUCGAGGCGAACAGACGGUGAAGGAAAGAACUACAGUUUGCGUUUGACACGUCCUCUAUCAAAGCUGCCACUUUAUCACCUGCAGUCAGAAUCUGGACUUCUACAUUUUAGAGAAUCACAUGACUGAGUGUGUUUGGGUUUUCACACAUUUCAUUUGUGCCACCUCGUCGUUUUGGGACCAUGUGAAGCCUUGACCCGGACAGACUUGUGUAGAACCCGGUUAGGACUCGCGUACUCGUCUGUUGUGUUGUAAUGUUGCCAUUUUCAUCUUUAUUUUUAUACACAGUCGCGUCUUCUUCCUGAGUAAUAAAAAUAUUGAAAGAUGUUUUUUGUUUUAUUGUAUUUAGCAGGAUUUCUGUGUUUUUUCCACAUAAAAAUAAACACAUUUUGUCAUUUCUGGACAAUUUUCCUAUCUUUGUAAAAACCAUAAAUGAAAUAAAAAAUUGUAGAUUUAA